AUGGGGUCCUUUCGUUUGCUCACACUGGCCCUUUGUUUCGGCCUCUUGCGCAUCGUAUCUGGCGCUCCCGACGUUAUUUUAACAGUCCACGAGGCCGCGGAUUGCCUGCUACGCUUUCAGACCCCGCAGUCCGAGCGAACCACGCUUGAAUCACGCGUGACACAGACAACCUGGACCCAGACACCCGACGACGUGGCGAGGACCAUUGAGGACUUCAGCAACAUUGAGGGCCAAAACGUGCCCCUCUGGUUGAGCGGCAGCACCGCCUUCCUCUACGCCGGCUUCAUCACCUCGGACUGCAUAAACAUGACCCCCCAGCCCGGCCUCAACCGGCCAGACACAGCCAUCUCCAUCAUCCUCCCGUCAGGCGUCGCCAAGCUGCAGAGGGUUGGGCCGAACCCCGAGAUGAUCUCGCCGGGUAAUGCGGCGAGGACGGUUGGUAUCCAGGGAAUCAAUGGGCAGCUCGACGCUGAUGAUUUUGCCUACGCGACAGGGGCAGCGGUGGAGCACGCGAUUCGACAAUGGCAAGCCGAAGUAAACAGAUGGCGGAGCCCCUUGACCGAGAUAGGAUUUCUGGCGACCACUGGGAUGACUGGACAGACAGUGGUGAUCCGCGUACCUAUUAUAUGA